AUGAGCCCAACUGAAACUACUACAACAAUGAUCCCAACCGAAAGUUCUACAACAAUGCGCCCAACUGAAAUGACAACGACACUGAGUCCAACCUUAAGUUUCACAACUGUGAGCCCAACUAUACGCUCUUCAACUGGAAGUCCUAGUUUGAUUGUUACAUCUGCUCCAACUUUACCUGGGUCCGUUUCAACAUCAAGUACAAUGAGCCUAGUCAUAUCACAGGCAAAUGGAAGGCUUCCUGCUCAAGCGGAAAUUGAUGAAUUCAUGGUCCAGCUGAGUGAAUUCUACACCGAUGUGCUCACAAAUGUGUUUGGUGCUGAUUUGCAGAGUUACACAGCAACGGAGACAUCUUCAAUCAGUGAAGUGGCAGGCAAUUUUACGAUUUCAUUGGUCAGUCAUGAAGAUGUAACGGUUUUUGUGGAUGGAGCGACUAUUCCCUCUCAGGCAGAGGUUGACCAAGCCAUCCAAAAUGCAGACUUGACCGCGUUUGUGGAAGACUACAUUCCAAAUGUGCUACCAGAUGACAAUAUAUACAAGGGCACCAUACUGGCCUCCUCCACGUCCACAACAGGAAGCCCAACAGCCAAGCUCCAACCCUUCAAUAUCACACAGAUCCUUUGCAGCCCUCAGUUCCUCUCACUGCAGCUCUGCAACACCACCCCUUCAGUAUUCCCCAGCUCACCCCCCAGUGCCACUCCAAGCAUUUCCCCCCGAGGAUCGGCCUCUGGCACAGCUACUCGAAUCACACCAACAGCACUUGGUCCAACAGCAGAAGUAACAACUUCGCCAACAACCCUAAUAACAGCAACGGCUGCUCGAUCUUUUGGUGCUGGGCUUCCAGAAAUCAUAAAAUUGAAAGACUAUGAGGCUACCGAGGAUGAUACAAACAUCGAUACCUGUCCAGUGGCUAGCAAGCUGUCAUUUAAGUUCUUUCCAAACACAGGGAGAGAGCCCACCAUCAAAGAAAUCAGUGCAUUGAUCAACACCACGGCUGCCUUCUUCACACAAGUAUUCCAGAACAAUCGAAUCUUCAAGCCUGUGUUCAGAACUCUUGAGCUCACUGAACCAACUCCAAAGUACAGUUCCUCCAGCGACCCUGACUUGUUCAUUCUGGAGUUUUUGGCCCUGAUUGAUGUCAAUGCCACCAGUUCAGAGCAAGUGUCAGGUCAAAGGGCAUCCAGAGUUAUGAGUGCUUGUAAUUAUGCCACCUACAUUGGCAAUCAUGUCAGGAAGAUGGGGUCAAGGAAUGAAUUCUACCAGACCAGAGCAGUUCAUUUUGUUGGUGUCAGCCACAAAGGCUAA